AAAAGACAAACGAAACACCCAGACCAAGCAGUGUUACUGUGUUCUAACUGACUACAAAAUCCUUCAAGUGCCUGCCCAAGAUAAGGAAGGAGCACGGUCGGUCGCCAAGCAGCCACGGAUCCCAUUUCUCGAUUAUUACCUUCACUCUUCCAGGUCCAUCUCUAGUCUAUCGCUGCAACUGCACUCACACACAGUCAGAGCUCCCUAUUGACAUGAACAUCGCGUCGGCAGCGCUCGUGUUCCUCGCACACUGCCUUCUGCUCCACCGGUGCAUGGGGUCUGAGGCGGGAGGCGUGUUCGACCACGGGCGCCACGGCGUCAGCCUCGUCCGGGUCGAGGCGCCGUCGAGGUGCGGUGGCGGCACGCCGUCGUCCCCGCCCGGCGCUGACACGCCGCCGCCGAAGCCGCUGCUGGUCGCCGCGCCGCGCGAGGCCGGGGAGUACCCGGUGCUCGUCUUCCUCCACGGCUACCUCGUCGUCAACUCCUUCUACUCCCAGCUGCUCCAGCACGUCGCCUCCCAUGGCUUCAUCGUCGUCGCACCUCAGCUGUACACGAUCUCCGGUGCCGACGCCACCGAGGAGAUCAACGCCGCGGCGGCCGUCAUCGGCUGGCUCGCCGCCGGCGGCCUCUCCUCCGCGCUGCCGCCCGGCGUCCGAGCGGACGCCACUAAGGUGUCCGUCUCCGGCCACAGCCGCGGCGGCAAGGUGGCGUUCGCGCUGGCUCUGGGACACGCCAAGCUCGCCAUCCCCCUCGCCGCGCUCGUCGCCGUGGACCCCGUCGACGGCAUGGGCAUGGGCAGGCAGACGCCGCCGCCGAUCCUCACGGGCAGAAGCGGUGCCCUCCGCGUGUCGGCGCCGGCCAUGGUCAUCGGCACGGGGCUCGGCGAGCUGCCCCGUGGCCCGCUGCUCCCGCCGUGCGCGCCAAGGGGCGUCAGCCACGCGGCGUUCUGCGACGAGAUGGACCCCGCCGCGGCGUCGGCGUGCCACCUGGUGGCGAGGGACUACGGGCACACGGACAUGAUGGACGACGACACGCCGGGCGCCAGGGGGAUACUCACGCGCGCCAUCUGCAGGAGCGGCGGGGCCAGGGCGCCCAUGCGGCGGUUCGUGGGCGGCGCCACGGUAGCGUUCCUGAAGAGGUGGGUCGGAGGGGACGGCGCCGCGCUGGACGGCAUCAGGGCGCGCCCGGAGCAGGCGCCCGUGGCGCUGUCCGUCGUGGAGUUCCUCGGUGACGAGGCGAUGGCGCAGAUAGCUUAGAAUCUAAUCCUUAGAUUGUAGGAUCUGUCAUCUGCAGGACUGUGUUGUGGCGACAGGAACUCGACACGUCGAAAUUACAGCUUGAAAAGAUGAAAUGGAUGUGUGUGCGUAGAUUUUUGUAGAAAACGGAUACGAAGAUGUGUAGAUA